CCCAUCAACACCACAAAUGUGAAAGAGCUGAAAGUUAGAACUCGGUUGGUCAGUUACUUGUUAGAGUGCAACACUGAAUAUUGGUCCUGACUAAGAAGUGGAUGUGCUGACCAGAGGGAGAAAUACAUGCUGAACAGAAGAACAUCAUGUCUGGAGGACAUCUCAACCAACAAGACCUGCAUGUGGUGGUCAUAGGUCCAAUUGAAUCAGGAAAGACAUCCAUAAUAAACAUUGUGCUUGGUGAACCAGAUGAGUCAGAAAAAAAGACAGGUGACUGUGUAAAGAGAGAGGGGGAGGUUGGUGGCAGAAAGCUUAUUUUUAUAGAUACCCCAAGUUGGAUCAGGUAUUUCCCUGCAGUUGACACAGCAGAGGUUAUCAAGCAUAAGAUAGUGCAGAGUGUGUCUUUGUGUCCACCAGGACCUCAUGCUUUCAUUCUGGUCAUUGGAACUGAUGUCCCAUUCACUGAGAAGAACAGGACGUCUGUGGAGGAACAUGUAGGGCUCUUUGGGGAGAACAUCUGGGAACACACCAUAGUGGUGUUCACCAGAGGAGAAUCUCUGGAGGGUGAAAGCAUAGAAGCUCUGAAGUGGGUAGUAGGGAAAUGUGGGAACAGGUGUCACAAGUUUAACAUUCACAACACAGAAGGUUGUAAUGAAGUGAAUAAGCUACUGGAAAAAAUUGAUCUUCUAGCAAAGAGUAGGAACAGCCAUUUUGAGAUUGAUGAGAAAAUAUUGAGGGAAGUUGAGAACAAGAGGAACACCUACAAGAAGAGAGCACAACAGAGACGACAGAAGGUUCAGGACCAAAAAGAAAUACUACAGAGAUAUGUUCAAUUAGAGGGCAUACCAUCUCUACCAGAAGUAAGGAUUCUUCUAUUGGGGUGGUUAUUCUCCGGAAAAACAUGUGCAAAGAAUACCAUUUUGGGCCGAGUGAAAGAAGCAAUGCAAACUAGAACAUAUCAGUCUGAGAGAACAUUUGGGGAAGUGGCUGGAAGACAAGUCUCUGUGGUGGACACCCCUGGCUGGUGGAAGUACUUACCUGCAGAAUACACUCCAGAAUGGGUGAAGACAGAGUUGCAGAGAGGGCCGAUCCUUGAUUCCAAAGCUCCCCAUGCCAUACUUCUGGCUUUUCCAGCAGACACAUCAUUCCUGGAGGAACAGAGGAAGAUCACUGAAGACAACAUGAAGAUGUUUGGUGAGCAGGUCUGGAGGCACACCAUGGUGCUGUUCACAAGUGGGGAUGUGCUAGGUGACACAAGCAUUGAAGAGCACAUUGAGGGUGAAGGGGAACCUUUGCAAUGGCUUGUGGAGAAAUGUGGGAACAGAUAUCAUGUCAUAAGUUGGUAUGACAAAGAAGAGGAAAACAUGGAGUUGCUGAAGAAGAUUGAGGAAAUGGUGGCCGGUAACAGUUUAUUUAGGCCAGAGCCAGAAGCACAAAUAGCUGUGGUUAAAAAGACCACUGAAAAUAUGAUGGAAGUAUCAAAUGAGAUGGCACGUUUCUUGGAUCAGAAAUGGCAGAAAAUGGAUAGAGCAUUAGAGAUGAAGGUUGGGACCAUCUUCAGGGAAACAACUUCAAAAUUGGAAGGAAGUAUGGAGGCUGGCAUAGACUUCAGAAGCAGUCACCCAUCCUCUGAGGAUACUUUGGAGGAAAUCAAAUCAGAAAAGGGCACCAGUCCACUGAGCCCACCUGGUGAGCCUAAAUCCCCUAUCAAGACAUAUGGCAUUAAUGCUGCCACAGGGCUUGAAGACCAAGAACCGACCAGAGAGAAGCUUGUUGGUCAGAUGGAGAGAUUGAAAGAGAUGUUGGAGAGGGAGUGGGGGAGACGAGAGUUUGGCAUUACACACAGCUUUCAGUGUCAGUUAAGAGAGCUCAGAGAGUCUGGUUCUGAAGCUGAUGUGAAUGACCUUAAAGAAUCGUUCAGAAAGGUCGUCAGGUGGAUGAGUAAUGGGACAUCAGGACGUGGGUCAGACCUUCCUGAGGAUGACUUACACACAGAGGACGCUGAUGAUUAAUUGAAUGAGUUUUAUUAUCUAAGGAACAAAACAACCACAGCACAUUAUUAUGACACCGCUAGUGCUAGUUUAUUGUUAGACAUUUUUUGUUUAUUUUGUAUAUGAGAUAUUUGCCUAUUGAUCCCUGGGACACCAUUUAUAACCACUCAUUUGCAGUGUAGCACCACCAAGUUGCUGCACAAAUGAGGUGCUUUAAUCACCAAUAUAUAUAUAUGAGAUUUUCAGAACUGCACAAAAUGUUGCGUGUGGCAUCACCACAAAAUCUUUGGAGGCAAGAAGUGUUUUGUGAAAAUCCACACAUGUAGGGCACUGCAAUUCAUGAAUUGGAUAUGAAUUGCAUUAUUGUAAGUGUUGAACCAUUUGGCCCCAUUCCCCAAUCCUUAGGCCAACAGAGUAUAACAGAAGCAGGGCUUUCAACACACAUAACCUUAUACAUACAAAGAUAUCAACAUAGAACGCACCUAAAGCACAGCUGUUGGUAACAUAGCAACGGCGUUCUAUGUUGAUAUCUUGCUAGGCUGUCCGAAACAGAGUUUGUAGCUGCUACCUUGUUGCCUUCUACGGCAACUCACUCGCUAGGCAGUGAAGGCAGUGAGGCAGUAGGCUAGUAGCCUGGCACGCCCUCCCAGUGACGUAACACCUUCGGCUUUUCUUGUCUCUGGUCUGUCAACUGCUAAUCGGGAAGGAUUUCUGAGUUCUCGAAAACUGCGGAACUGCCCCCUUUUGGUCGAGAAUCAAUCAACUUUGAGCAGCCCCAACUGCUCUGGGUAGAGGCGUGUUCAAGGCAGAGGAAAGAGUGUUGUUAUUGGUUUAAACUCGGCAAACCGCUUUCUGACAUCGACCAGUAGCAAAUCGAGGCACUUAAAGGAGGCGGGUCAACCAGCGCUUGGAGAAACCGUGUUAGCACAGGCUCUUGGUCAGACUAAAGUCUCGCAGAGCUUUUGAAAGUCGAUGGUAAUCAGGCUAGUAGGCUAGGCAGCUGCUUUCCGUUUCGGACACAGCCAUGGAGUUCAAAGAGCUUGAAGAGAAAUUGAGAAAAUGCAGGGAUGAGUGGCUAUGCGGUACAUCUAGUUAAUUGUUAACACAUGAAAUUAUAUACUGUAGAUGUAAUCCAGAUAUGUUGUAAGUCACUUUGGAACAAAGUGUCUGCUAAGUAACAUUGACCAUAACAAUAACCAUGACCAUAAACUAGCACAUGUAGCCUAAUAUGAGUACACCAUAUAUUUGAUGUUUUAUGUAUACUUUUUACGCUGCUGACUGUGAGGAUCCUCAAUUCCGCAUUCCUAUCCUAUUCUAGUCUUUCCUUCACCAUUUCAGGUCAGGUUUAAGUUGAUGUUCUUUCUCAUGUGUUCAGGUUUGACCUAUUUAUUUGAUAAGUUGAGUAUAUUCAGUACAUUCAGUUGUUAUUUUACAGUUGUGUUUCAUUAAAGUUUUAACUUACUUUCAGUUUGACUGAAUUAUUUGCAUAAUUCAUUGCAUGUAUCUCUUCAUCAAUAAACUCUUUAU